GGUGUGAAGGCCGUGUUUUUAUAAGUCAUGCAUUCUUAUCUUUCAGCGUUUGCUCAGAACAUCACUAUGAUCAGAUUUGCAAAAUAAUGUGACACUUUAAUCUCACAACUCUCACCAGUCUUUAAAGAAUAACAUUGUUUGAUGAGCAUAAAGUGCUUAAUCUUGAUCGUUUCUACUGACUGACAACUAUUUUUUCCUUGUUCAAUAGAGAUGGAACAACUCCUUUUAACAAUUCGAUUCAUAUCAUAAAUCGUGGUCGACGAUAUGAUUAAUAUUGAUUGAUUUUGAACGACCGAUUCACUUGAUCCAGGACAUCUUUAGACAGGAUUCAACCAGAUUCCUUGUAUUUUUUUUGCAAGAAAAUCAAGUCCAAGUUAAAUAUGUGUGCAAUCAAACAAAUAAUCAAGAGUAAUUGAUUAAUCUAUUAAAAUUUUAUGCCAUGCUGACAUAUAUAGCUACCGCCACACAAAGGGGAGGCAUCACAAUCUACAAGAUUCGCUGUCAUCACCCAAUUUUGGGGAAAAAUCAUUGGCGCAGUCAUGAAUGCAGACAGCAGCAAUCUGGAGGCCAUCAAUUAGGUGAGGAAAAUGUCAUUAGGACAAUGAGCAGCCACAGGGCAACGACAUUUGGCAACAGCUCUGACUGGAUGAUGUGUUAAUGACUUCGUAUCAAGUGUCACCGGCUGGCAACCGCCUUGUAGCUUAGGGCAAUGUUCCCUGCACACUCGCGCAAACGCGCACUAAUCCCACAUUAAAAAAAAAAAUGCAUACUACUUACGGACUAUUUAUAUCUAAAAAAAAAGUCUAUAAGUCAAAGAAAAUCUCUGGUAAACAUGCCUAGGUUGGCACAAGGGUUACAGAGGAAAUCAAACUUUACUUAAAUUUAUUUGAUAAUGAUUAAAGAAACAAAUGUAAUACUGCAAAAACAUGUUUUUGAUUAAGAUCAAGUACUCUGUUAAGAAGAUGGCAUCAACUUCUUUUCCUUUCUCUUUAUUUUCUAAUCAAUUAAUUACUCGAUGAAAGUGUUUUAUAGUAAUAUUCCAUUAAUUUUAAUGCUUGAGAUAAACCUAUAAAUCAUAUCAAACAUAAUACUCCAUGAUAGAACCAAAUAACUUUAAAAAUUAUGCUGUAAAACUGUUAAAAAAUCCUGAAACCAAAGGAAGAAAUACAAAAAAAAUAGAUAUGAGAAAAAGGAGAUUAUAAGUAAGCUUUGAUAUUCUGACUUUAGACAAUUAACUUAAACCUAAAUAACAAUCUGAAACAUACCGUCACGUAGCUCUGUAAGGUUUUUAGUGGCCUCUGCAGGAAAUAAACGGAACUGCAUGUUGACAAAACAAUAAUUUGCUAGUUUUCAGAACAUUUUGAGACACCCCUUCCGCAAAAUGGAAUAAAUGUUAAAGGACAAAUCCAGUUAAGUGGUAAACAAAAGUUCAGGAACUAAAACUAGUAAAAAAUAAAAAUAAAAAAAGUAGAGAAAAUAUUUGUUUAUGAUUCUAUCUUUAAUUUAAAUUUUAAAUAUUAGGCUGAUUAAAAUAAGCUGAAAUCUACUAUAACUUUAAUAUUAUUUCCAUUUUUCUCUAAAAAAAACCUGGUGUGUUUUUAAUAACAGGGCAUGAUAUUUACAUUCCCUUGUAUGACCACAAGAUGGCAGUAACACUCUUUUGAUGUGGGAUCUUUCUUUAUAUUUGUUUUUUUUUUUUUAUUAUUAAUUCUCAUUCCAGUUCCAUUUUAAUUGAACUCAUAAUUUAACCCAGUAUGAUUUUAGAAAUAAGAAUAAAUGUGAAGACUCAGUUAUGAUUUACUAAGGUUUGUGAGGUGAGGAUCUGAGUGAGGAGGGGCUGAUAUCCUCCACUUCUAAAGGGGGGAGACCCCUCAAUCUGACAGAAAGCAGCAGCACACAGACAGUCGCUUUGUCCUGCCGUGUGGAUUUACCAGUUGGAAAUGGAUUGUCUAAAGUUCCCUAAGCCUGGAUGAACUCAUACGGAGGAGAACUGCUGGAAUGUGUGCAGGACAAAGAUGUUUCCCUGUUGCUGCUUUGUUUGUACUCUUCUGAGAGGAACCUUUUGUCUGCUGCUUCUUGUUCCACACAAAACGUACGGCAGCUUCAUCAAGACGCCAUCCCCUCACCUCUACAGAAACCAAGAGGCUUCCUUACAGAGAAACUGGAUGUUCGACGCCACACAUGUGACCCAUAGUUCCAAACUAGCCACGACAGAAUCCAAACAGAGCUUUGGCGCAUGGAGCUCACACUCCAACCCAUCCACAAAGACGAAGCAUCAACCCAGCUCGAAACUUCAUGGAAUGUCAAAACUCUCCAGGACAUUAAACUGGGGGGACUUUUAUUCCAACAUCAAGACGGUCAAACUGAAUUUGCUGAUAAUAGGAAAGAUUGUGGAUCACGGCAACGGCUCUCUGGGCGUCUACUUCCGUCACAACUCCACAGGCGUGGGCAACGUGUCCGUCAGCCUGGUCCCACCCUUAAAAGAGGUGGAGUUCGACCUGGAGCGCCAAAGCGUGGUCAACCCCAAGGACUCAAAGACAUUCAACUGCAGAGUGGACUUUGAGAAGACGGAGAGCAGCAAGAAGGUGAUGCUGUGCAACUACGACCCGUCAAAGACCUGCGAUCAGGAGCAAACGCAGAGCCAUGUGACCUGGAUGUGCUCCAAACCUUUCCAGGUGAUCUGUGUCUACGUGUCUUUCUACGGCACAGACUACAGGCUGGUUCAGAAAGUCUGUCCCGACUACAGAUCCCAGAGUCCAGCCUUCCUGCCAACUGGAUAGACGCAAGCUGAAGACCUCCAACGAGAAGGAUGAAUCAACUUUCAGUCUUUAAUGAGAGACUUUUGAUGAAACUGAAUAACUUUUUUUUUAGUUGAACAUAUUGCUUGCUGUUCACUUAAGCUUGAACCAUAUUUGUGAAAAUCGUGUUAAAACAUAAAAUAAAGUGACACUAGAUUAAAAGUGUUUUUUUAUUCGUUAGGAUAGUUCACUUAUUCAAACUUUAUAUUUCACUAAUUUUAAGCAUCUGUAUCAACGUUUGGUACAACACUUUUUACAGCUACUUUAAGAAAACGGUGGCUGAGAAGGUACAGAAAUGAGUGUUUAUGACAUACAGAGUGUCCAGACAGACGGACUACCUGCCCAGGGUAAGUGUACCCUUCCUUCACCCAUCAGUACUCAGGUUAGGCUCCGGCAGACCCCGAAAAAGACAGAAUGGUUAAGAAG